AUGGGGAACGAAUAUUUAAGGGCAAGUUGGAUAUACAGACAUUUUGUUCUUCAUUAUGUGUCUCUGCUGUUUCUUUUCAACGUCGUCUCAACCCACAUCCGUUAUUCUCUCCAAGAGGAAUCAAAGAUCGGGACCAUUUUAGGAAACAUAGCCAAAGAUUUGGGCAUGGACUCGUCAGCGCCGACAGAGAGGAAUCUGCGAAUUGUGACUGGGUCCAAGCAGGAGCUUUUUCAGGUAAACAAAAAAGAAGGCUCAUUGUUUGUUAAUCGGAGAAUCGACAGAGAGGAGCUGUGCCCUACGAGUAACCCGUGUCUCAUCAAUAUUAAAGCGGUGAUCGAGAAUCCUCUCGAAAUGCAUCAAAUAGCAAUUGAAAUCUUAGAUAUGAAUGAUAAUGCACCUACAUUUACAGAUACUGUUUACACUUUGGAAACACUUGAAAGUGCAGUCACUGGAACACGGUAUCAGCUGGAAGGUGCGCACGACCCAGAUAUCGGCUCCAAUAGCUUACAAUCUUAUAAACUAACGCAGAACCAGUUUUACCGUUUAGAAACUGACGAUUUUGGAGAUGGAGGAAAAAUCCCUGUCCUUGUUCUACAAAAACUCCUGGACCGGGAAAAUCGCGCGAGGCAUACUUUAAUAUUAACCGCUGUAGAUGGGGGAAAGCCACACAAAACAGGCACUCUGACUAUUAAUAUUGUUGUGUCAGACGUCAAUGAUAACGCACCUAAUUGUGGUAAACAAAAAUAUACGGUAACAGUGAAAGAAGACGCUCCUGACGGUACAUUUUUGCUACGGAUUAAUGCGACUGAUUUGGAUGAAGGACAAAAUGGAGAAAUUGAAUACUCAUUACGAAGUAAGUUUAGAAAUGGCGCAUCUGACCUCUUUGAUGUACACAGCAAAACAGGAGAAUUACGGAUUAAAGGUGGACUUAAUUUUGAAGACAAACAAGUCUACGAGCUAAAAAUUCUGGCCGCCGAUAAAGGCGCGGUGUCGCUGUCUACGCAAUGCAACGUGCUUGUGAAAGUGGAGGAUGUGAAUGAUAACCAACCAGAAAUAGACUUAACCUCCUUAUCAGACCAAAUUUCCGAAGAUGCGCGUCCCGGUACCGUAGUUGCUUUGAUGGGAGUGACAGAUUUGGAUUCAGGUAUUAAUGGACAGGUCGUGUGCUCUUUACCAGCGAACAUACCAUUUGAACUGAAGCAGUCAUCAGAUUUAAAUUUUUACUCCUUGGUUACUAAAGGGAACUUAGAUAAAGAGUCAAAUUCGUUUUAUGAUAUUGCUAUAACAGCUAAGGAUUUGGGAACUCCUCCUCAAUCAUCAACAAAGAUAAUUCAUGUGCAAGUGAUGGAUGUUAAUGACAACAGCCCUGCGUUCACCCAAAGCCCGUACGCCUUCUAUAUAGCUGAAAACAAUAAACUGGGCAUGCCUGUAUUCUCGGUGAGCGCUACUGAUGUCGAUGAGGGUGAAAACGCAAGAGUCUUAUACUCAAUAGAUCGUGUGAACUCAGAUCAAAGUGUGACAUCAUUCAUGAAUAUUAAUGAGGAGAGUGGUGCAGUUUUUGCGCUCAAAAGUUUUGACUUUGAGGCACAGAAAACGUUCCAGUUCCACGUGCUCGCUACAGAUUCGGGAACUCCGUCUCUAAGCAGCAACGUCACAGUGAACGUGUUUAUUCUGGAUCAGAACGAUAAUGUUCCAGUGAUCUUACAUCCAGUCAGCGCUAACGGUUCUGCUGAAGGUGUGGAGGAGAUUCCCCGCAAUGCCAACGCAGGACAUUUGGUGACUAAAGUGAGAGCCUAUGACGCGGAUAUAGGAUACAACGGCUGGUUAUUAUUUUCACUGCAGGAAGUGAGUGACUACAGUCUCUUUGGUUUGGACCGCUAUACAGGACAGAUAAGGACCCUUCGCUCAUUCACAGAAACAGAUGAGGCUGAACAUAAACUGGUCAUACUGAUCAAAGACAAUGGGAACGUUUCACUUUCAGCAUCAGCGACUGUGAUCAUUAAAUUUGUGGAGCCCAAAGAACCUUUUUCUGCGACUGACGAUAAAAAGGCAGUAAAAGAAGAGGAAGAAACUAACGUUACAUUUUAUUUGAUUAUUAUAUUGGGUUCGGUUUCAUUUCUUUUUAUUGUCAGUAUCAUCGUGCUGAUUGUAAUGCAGUGCUCCAAAUCUACAGACUAUUCCUCCAAAUAUUUACAAGAUACAAAUUACGACGGCACACUGUGUCACAGCAUCCAGUACAGAUCCGGAGAUAAACGCUACAUGUUAGUUGGACCCAGAACGAGUAUCGGUUCUACUAUAGUUCCAGGCAGUAACGGAAACACUCUCCUGGUACAGGAUCGGAGGAGCAGAACUUCCGGCGAGGUAAGAGCUGAAGGAAUUACAUGA